GUCCUCGCUAGCCGCCGCUGCCACCGUGUCAGUCGCCCGCCCGGCGCUCAUGGGCCCGUGCUCCCGCUGCAGCGCCGCGGGUGAGGACGCAGGGCGCCAGGUCUGGAUGAGUGAGGACCGGAUGCAAGUGGGUCGUGGUGAGCGACACAGAUCAGACCUGCCAGCACAGCACCACCGCUUCUUCAGCCUUCUGUUAAUCAGGAUCUCCAGCGUGACACCGCACCAAUCUGCCAGUCACAUCACAGCCGCCUGCCUGAUCGCAGUCGUACUGUCAACCACAUCAGGCUCUGUGAUGUAGGUCACAAGGCAGCAGGCGGGUUGGAAGGCGUGAAGAAGAAGAAGAGUGCACGCUUCCUGCGGAGGAGGUAGCGCGCGAGCGAGACCUGCGCGACAGUCACUGCCAGCAUGUCGGCCGUGUGGGUGAGGCUCGCGGUCCUCCUCUGUCUCUCCAGCACCGUUCAGAGCGGCCCAGCUGCCAAGACUGAAGUGCUGUGGAAGGAUGCUGGAGGAUUCAUCACCAUCCAGUGUAGAUGUGAAAAGGACCAGGACAUGCUGUAUGUGAAGAAAGAUCUCAAUAAGAAUGUGGACGUUUUCUUCAGACAGAAGGAGGAAAAGAAAGCAACAAUCAUGAAAGGGUUCCAGGGGAGACUCCAAGUGGCCGGAAGCUUCCCCAACCUGGACAUUGUGAUCAAAAACCUGACCUCCGCUGACACGGGCCCGUUCUGGUGCGUGUACGCCAGCAUGAACAACAAAACCGACCUGAUUUACACUGAGGGCACGGGGUCCGUGCUGCUGGUGGUCGCAGCUUCAAAAAAGGCUCCCACUGCGACGUGUGACCCGUCCACACAGAGUCUGGUUCCGGUGUCGGUCAUGAUCUUGGCCGCCGUUCUGCUCUGCAUCAUCCUGGGGUUCCUCAUAUGGUGCAUCAAGAAGAAGACGGGCAGAACCGCCACCAAGCCGAGGCGCGUCCCCAACAACGACGUGUACGAGGACAUGCGAGCGACGCUGAGGCGCUGAGGCCGGACCGGGCCGGACCGGGCCGGACCGGGCCGGACCGCGGAACGUCACGUUCUCCAGGGUUCUGUCACGACCCGCGCUUGAUGCCAGUGAAAGACAAUGAACACAAUACUGACACGGAGGAGCAGUGAAGAGUAAGUGGGAUGAGGAUGAGGAUGAGGAUGAAGAUGAAGCAUUUAUUGUUUUACAAGUCGAUGCCUGCCUUGAUUUUUGAUACUGGAUAAACUAUGCAGCCUUUAAAAAAGACUUUAAAGACUCUUUGAUGUAGAUACUAUGUAUUUUAUAAUCUGAUUAUAUAAAAUAGGAACAUAAUUAUUGUCAGCUUUAUCCUUUCAGGAAUUUAACAUGUUAUAAUUGUAUAAAUAAUUGUUAACAUUUAUUUUGAAAAGACUGAUCAGGUGUGAGUUCAUGAACCCCACUGCUUGUACUGGUUCCCAGCAGUCACUGGGCCCACUCUGGACUGGUUGCAGGUUAUCACAUAUGUAGAGACAGACGAGCUGUAAGUGUUUCCACCUCACACUUACAGUAAGUGGCACCUGAAUCGGAAUCUGGAAACACCAGUGACCUUUUCAAAUUAAAGCCUUUUCCUAACAAACGUC